AUGGCGAGGAACCCGGGCUGCACCGUCUUCAUAGGUAACUUGGAUGACAAGGUUCCUGAGAGGGUUCUGUAUGAAAUUCUUAUUCAGGUAGGUCGUGUUGUAGACCUACACAUACCUCGUGACAAGGAAACUAGCCGACCAAAAGGUUAUGCUUUUGCUGAGUAUGAAACAGAGGAGAUUGCCCAGUAUGCUGUUAAGCUAUUUUCUGGCCUUGUUCGACUUCAAAAUAAAGCACUUAGAUUUGCGAUCUCUGGGCAAGACAAACCCUCAUCAAAUGGCAAUAUCCCUGUAACUCCUAGGUUAAACUCUGUACCACAGCCAAAGCAACCUCAACCUAUGAGGUCUAGUGAUACUCCUUUGCCACAGCAUACAGCUGUGAAUGGCAGGAGUGCUGGUUAUGGUAUCUCACCAAAUCAUUCAUACGACACACACUCUCAAGCACCGGCAUCAAGUGGGUUACCGAGUAGAGGACUAAGCAACGGUACGUAUGAAUAUAGUCGACGUGUAUUUGGUUCUGUUCUGAAUGAUGUUAGCCGUCGAGCUACCAGGGAACCAGUUCCAUACCCGUCCUACUAG